ACCCUUCGUUCAUUACUCUCUCUAUCUGUCCCUCCCUCCAAAUAUAUUGCACACUUUGACUUUCCUUAACCGUCUUGAGACACAGAGAAAUGGCGGAUGAAAGAAGUGGCAGUUACAUUAGUGAAGCAUCGAGCAGUACGCCGGCGGCGAUUCGUAGAGUGCUUCUCAUCUCCGCCGGAGCUAGCCACUCCGUUGCUCUCCUCGCUGGAAAUGUUGUUUUCGCAUGGGGGAGAGGAGAGGAUGGGCAGCUUGGCCAUGGGGAUGCUGAUGAUAGGUUUUUACCUACUCAAGUGAGCGCAUUAGACGGCCAGGAAGUAGUAUCUGUUAUUUGUGGUGCUGAUCAUACAACAGCUUACUCAAAGUCACUCAUGCAGGUGUACAGUUGGGGAUGGGGUGACUUUGGAAGGUUGGGACAUGGAAACUCUAUUGACUUGUUUACUCCUCAACCAAUCAAGGCAUUGCAUGGGAUACAGAUAAAGCAAAUUGCUUGUGGGGACAGCCAUUGUUUAGCUGUUACCAUGGAAGGAGAAGUCCAAAGUUGGGGGCGGAAUCAAAAUGGUCAACUGGGUCUUGGCACUAUAGAGGAUUCUCUUGUACCUCAGAAAAUUGAAACAUUUCAGGGAGUUCCUGUGAAAAUGGUUGCUGCCGGUGCUGAACAUACAGCUGCUGUGACAGAAGAUGGCGAGCUUUACGGUUGGGGCUGGGGUCGAUAUGGUAAUCUGGGUUUAGGUGACCGAAAUGAUCGCUUAGUUCCUGAAAAAGUUUCAGCUAUACAGGGAGAAAAGAUGGUAAUGGUAGCAUGUGGAUGGCGACAUACAAUAUCUGUUUCUUCCUCUGGUUCUUUAUAUACUUAUGGCUGGAGCAAAUAUGGCCAACUUGGACACGGGGAUUUUGAAGACCACCUUGUUCCCUGUAAGCUUGAAACCUUGCAUGGCGAUUUUAUUUCUCAGAUUUCAGGUGGAUGGAGACACACCAUGGCACUUACAACUGAUGGCAAGCUUUAUGGUUGGGGAUGGAAUAAGUUUGGACAAGUUGGUGUUGGUGACAAUGUUGAUCACUGUUCACCCAUACAAGUCAAAUUUCCACACGAUCAGAAAGUAGUUGCAGUCUCAUGUGGUUGGAGGCAUACACUGGCUGUUACUGAAAGGCAAAAUGUGUUUUCUUGGGGUAGAGGCACAAAUGGACAGUUAGGCCAUGGAGAAUCUGCUGACAGGAAUGCCCCAAAGAUCAUAGAAGCAUUGAGCAUGGAUGGAUCAAGAAACCUACAAAUUGAAGCUCCUAAAUCCAAACCAUCUACAGCUGAAAAAAGUUGGGUUUCGCCAACACAGAGAUACGCAGUUGUUCCAGAUGAGAAUGUGACAGACAACGGAAAUGAUGUGAAUGUCCCAGAAAACGAUGUGAAGAGGAUGCGAGUGUGAAAUAUAUCUUGCACAGUUGCACGAAGCUAACAUUGAGUUUGGAAUAUGACCUUCCUUGUAACAAUCAUGCCAUAUAUUUGAGAUUGCUUGCAGUUGUACUCUCCAGUCUCCUCUAUAUCUACUCAGUGUUUGAAAUUUCUUGUGCAAGUAGGCAAAAUAAAGAAUUUUUGCCUUUUUGUUACCCCCCUCUCUAGUUUUUAUGUAUAGAAACUAAUACAUAUCCGGGUCGAAAUGAUUAAUAUCUCUGGGCUUAACUAUGG